AUGCCGCAGAUUGUGCUCACCGGGACAUCUGGGAAGCUCGGCGGGGCUGUGCUGCAGGCUAUAUCCGAAUUCAAUCUGGUCCCGCCCAACGAGCUUGUUAUAUCCACGUCCUCAGACCCGAAUGACGCCAAGUGGGACUUCCUCAAGGAGAGAGGUGUCACGGUUCGGUACGCCAGCUACGAGGAUCAAGCAUCAAUGGAGAAAGCCUUCGCUGGCUGCGACAAACUGCUGCUAGUUUCAUCGCCUCAGAUCACCAUGGACUUCGAUAAUCCAGCAUACGGUAGCGGACGCGAAAAGCAUCAUAUCGCUGCAGUACAUGCCGCUCGAGCAGCUGGCAUUAGCCACAUCUAUUACACAUCUCUGGGAUUUACCAACCGGUCGAAAGCGGGCGUCAUGAAAGCACACAACCGGACCGAAGAAUUUCUUACCAUGCUCAGUGACACUCAGUGGACUGUCAUUCGAGAAGGGCUGUACAACGAGUCCUGGCCCUUGUAUUUUGGUCACUACGACCCGAGCAGCGAUACUCGACGGGAUGUCGUUGUAGCAGGCGACGGCUACAUAUCCUUUGCCGCCAUCGCGGAUCUAGGGCUGGCGACUGCUAUGAUACUUGUCGACACUUCCACGCGGUGGUGUGGAAUGACCCCUACGUUGGCAACAACCGAAGCCACGGCGCUUCGCCAGAUUGCAAGGACAGUAUCCGAGGUGAAACGGUACCCAGUCAAUGUUCGAGUUGUGACCCGCCCACAGUAUGAGCGCUACUAUAUAAAGGAAAGAGGGAUGGAUGAGGCCUUCAUCAAAUGGUGGGCAACGACUUACGAUGCGGUGAGAGAGGGCGAGUGCGCACAUCGUAGCCCAGCGAGCAAGGUCCUGGAGAACUUGCUUGCUGAGAGGGGCAGGACGCCAAUCCCUAUCGACCAGACGAUAAGAGAGAUGCUUAGUUGA